AGUCGCAGUCGAUUGUUCGAUUCGAUUCGAUCUUGCGCUUUUUAAUUUUCGCUUCCGAGGAACUUCGCGCAAGUGGUACGUCUCUUCUUAAGUAAAAAUAGUGGUGUGCACGCGUAACGUUAAUACAGAAUAUAUACUACGCGACCGGCGAUCAGUAUCGUGAUCAGAUCCGCUUUUUUCCCGAGCAACGUGAUCAAUCUCUCUUUAAUCAAAAAUGAGCACGCCGGUGAAGAAGGUCCCCAUUCACCUGCAGGCAAAUGGGCCGCAAUCUGAUAAUACCGGGUGGCACGAGAGUCAUCGACGCCCGUGGGAAGUACGUGAUGCCUGGCGGCAUAGAUCCGCACACUCAUUUCGAAUGCGAGCUAAUGGGCGCGAAAUCGGUCGACGAUUUCUACCAGGGGACCAAAGCGGCCGUGGCCGGUGGCACGACGAUGAUCAUCGACUUCGUCAUCCCCAGGAAGGACGAGUCAGUUUUGGAAGCGUACGAGAGAUACCGCGAGUCCGCCGACCAGAAAGUCUGCUGCGAUUAUUCGCUCCACGUGGCCGUCACGUCCUGGAGUCCAAAAGUGAAGGAGGAGAUGGCCACGUUGGUGAAGGAGCACGGUGUCAGUAGCUUCAAAAUGUUCAUGGCGUAUCGCGACAUGUUCAUGCUGAGGGAUCCGGAAUUAAUCGAGACGUUCAAAGCGUGCAAGGAACUCGGCGCCAUCGCCAUGGUCCACGCGGAAAACGGCGACAUUGUUGCGGAGAACACGAAGCGGCUGCUCGAUGCAGGAGUCACGGGGCCGGAAGGUCACGAAAUGUCUCGGCCGGAGGAAGUGGAAGCAGAGGCUGUGAAUAGAGCCUGUAUCAUAGCUAGCCAGGUCAAUUGUCCACUGUAUAUAGUGCAUGUGAUGAGUCGUAGCGCCGCAGAAGCGGUGGAUGCUGCGCGAAGGCGCGGUGCUUGCGUCUUCGGCGAGACCUUGGCAGCCGCAAUUGGCACAGAUGGUACCAACUACACGCACAAAUGCUGGAAACACGCUGCAGCGCACGUUUUGAGUCCACCUCUCAGGCCAGACCCAGAUACACCUCGUGUCUUGCUGAAUAUGUUGGCCAACAAGUCCGCCGCUGACGUUGUGUCCUCGAGAAGGUCGGAGGGUGUCGUCCUGUUCGGGGAGACUCUCGCAAGUACCGUGGGUAUCGAUGGUAGCGAACAGUACGGGAAAGAUAUCGAGAAAGGGAGACGUUAUGUCACUAGUCCACCAUUGAGACCCGAUCCAACCACACCUACGUACCUAAUCGAGCAUCUGGCACAAGAUGGCCUCCAAGUUACCGGCAGCGACAACUGCACGUUCAACGCUGAACAGAAGGCCCUGGGCAAGGAUGACUUUUCGAAGAUACCAAACGGCGUGAAUGGCGUUGAAGAUCGGAUGUCGGUGGUUUGGGAGAAGGGCGUCCACGCAGGUAUAAUGGAUCCGACGAGGUUCGUCGCAGUGACCAGUACCAACGCCGCGAAGAUCUUCAACUUGUAUCCGCGAAAGGGAGUGAUAGCGGUCGGCUCAGACGCCGACAUAGUCGUCUGGGACCCUAACAGGAAGCGUACGAUUUCCGCUCAGACGCACGUCCAGGCCGUUGACUUCAACAUCUUCGAGGGUAUGGAGGUCCACGGAGUGCCGGAGUACGUUAUAGUCGAAGGCCGUGUCUGCGUGGACGAGUGCGAACUGAAGGCUGUUCACGGAUUCGGAAAGUUUGUCGAGACACCGAGCCACAACAUUGAUUACGUCUACUGUCUGAUAGAAGACAGAGAAAAGAGACCACGCGGAGUAGCACGAACGGAAGCUGAGGCGAAGAAACACGCCGAGGAGGACGCUGCCAUUGCGAGAGCCAAAGAGGAAGCGAGAGCGGCGGCAGCAGCUCUCGCGAAGAGUCGUCAGACGAAUGGCACCUACGACAGCCCGAAACCGAAGAUUUCGAUGCCCGAUUGCAUGCCGACAUUGCCAGACUCAGCGGUGAUCACGCCUUCGUCCAAGGGUCCGCGAAUGGAGGGACAGAGGAAUCUACAGGACUCUACUUUCUCCAUCAGCGGUAAGCAACAGGGAGAAAAGAAUUCUUCUUAAAAGUCGUUCAGAUGGAUAGAAAAUAGACAAUUGAAAGAAUUGUACGUUCGCAGAGGACGUCGAGGAAGCAAGAAGAGCUUGCAUCCGCGUGAACAAUCCACCCGGUGGUCGCAGCGCAGGAGGUUUUUGGUAAUUUAUAAGAAACAGAGUCUCAAGGUCUGCUUUGCAUAUAGGGAUUUAUCCUUACAGAGAAACUAGGGACGAAAAUCCUUCUUCUCUUCUUUCUCUCUCUCUCUCUCUGUCUCUUUCAUUCACGUACACGAAAACACUACACAGUGCUCCUUUCCCCCCUUGUCUUCGUUCUUACGUCAAAGAUUUUUUUUGUUUUGUUUUUCCAAUAAGAUCCGCUUUCAGGUUCGCUAUUCGCUUAACCAUUAACGAUAAGUUUCGUUUCCAAUUGAUACAUAUACAUAUAUACGUUCCCAAUCGAUCAAGGUCUGUUCCAUCAAAGGAGGACUCGGAUGCCAUCGGUCAGUAG